AUGGUCUCUCGCCUCUCGCGUCCCCUAGGAACCCUUCUCCGACCCCAGUUCCCAUCGCCUGUCCGCACAAUGUCCUCGUCCACCCCCAAAGUCCGCGAAUUCCUCGUCAUCCUGCCCGACAAGCCCGGCGUCAGGGAGAAGCGCCUCCAAGUCAGACCAACACACUUCAAAAACAUGACGCCUCACCUCGAGUCCGGGGACUGGAAAAUGGGCGGUACGUCACUGCCCUUUGCUGGGAGGAAUCCCGAGCCAACUACGUGCCCAGCCAAGUACUCGUACUCAUGCGCGGUAGGUGCCCUCUUGAACGACGUCCCGGCGGAUGAUAACCCUGCCAACUUUGACUUCUUCGGGAGCACCGUCGUGUGCAAGGGGGAGAGCAAAGAGGCCGUCCUCGAGCUGUUGAAGAAGGACAUCUACGCCACGUCAGGGGUGUGGGAUGUCGAAAAGAUCCAAAUUUACCCCUUCAUCUGUGCAUUCAGAAACCCAUAG